CUUCUCGGUCAUUGAGCACUGCAUUUCAGUUCCAUCAUGGCGAUGCACGCCAAAGCGACUCCACCGCAGAUCCCCGAUACCCGCCGCGAGCUUUCCGAGCUGGUCAAAAGAAAACAAGAGCUUGCAGAGACUCUGGUGAAUCUGGAAAGACAGAUUUAUGCAUUUGAAGGCAGUUACCUGGAGGACACUCAGAUGUACGGGAACAUCAUUCGAGGAUGGGACCGAUAUCUGACCAAUCAAAAGAAUUCCAACAGCAAGACUGAUCGGAGAAACAGGAAGUUCAAGGAAGCUGAACGUCUUUUCAGCAAAUCCUCUGUCACAUCAGUGGCGGCUGUUUGUGCUCUUGGAGGGAUUCCUGAUCAUAUGAAUGAAAAACGCGAGCCAGGAAGCGGAACAGAGAGCGACACGUCCCCGGACCUCCAAAACCAGGAAAACGAACCCAGUCAGGAAGACACCGAGGAGGCAGACGGAGCCCUACAGGACCUGAAACCCCAGAAAGCCGCUUCAUCUUCCUCUGGAAGCCACCACAACAGCCACAAGAAACGCAAGAACAAGAACAGACACAGCCCCUCUGGCAUGUUUGAUUAUGACUUUGAAUUUGACAUGAAGAUGAACAAGAAACCCAGAGCAGAUUACUCGGCCUAACGGAUCCCCUCAGUCUCUUACAGACAUUCACACUCACACACACACUUUCCCUGACCGUAGUGAAGCUCUCAUGUGAAUUAUAGUCUCUAUUGGAUUCAGAUUCUGUUAUUGCAUGAUAUGUAUUGCAAACAUGAGGUUCCAGAACUGCUCAUAAAGCUGGAAUCUUUUUAUUUAUGAUGUUACAUGGAUGAUGCAUCAGUGGAUCCAAACCUUUGCUCCUGCUUUUGGAUAUACAUCACUUUUGUUAAAUGUGUAGCUGAUGUAAAAAGUUGGUCAUGUCAUUUUUUUUUUUUUUUUUACCAUCUUGUUUUGAAUAAAACUGAAAUAAGACAAUA